AUGUACGAGAAAAAAAAUGCCAAAACAAUAAAACCUUUCUUCUUCAAGUUGCGCAUGAUAGACUUUCAAGAAGUCCGGUAUUCUUCACUAGCCAUCGACCUGAACUGCAUCUUGUACUUGUGCAUAGAACGAAACCUGAGGACUCAUCAUUUUGAUGCUCUUAAGUUCUAUGGCGACGAAUUCGGCAAAAGAGUGUUCCAAAUGAGUGUAAAAGGUUCUGGGUUACUCAUUAUCAUAGAUGAAAAGAAGUUGGAUGAAUUUGCCGAACAAAGAGUGGUGAAGCAACAACGCACUCGGUGUAAAAGAUGCCACGAAAUUACCAAAGAAAGACGGAGACCAAAUACAAAUUAG